ACACUCCCUCCCUCGGGUGGGUGGGGUGCCAAGAUGGCGGAGGAGGCGCAGGAGCGCUUAGCCCGCGUGUCGCGGCUGGAGGAGCCGCUGGAGGAGCUGCGGGCCCUGGGGGUGGCCGUGCAGGCCCUGCCGCUGAGCGCGCUGAGGGAGCGGGCGCCCGACAUCCGCCUCGGAAGCCUCUUCGCUCUGCUCAACGUGAACGACAGAGAACAGGUUGCUUUAUGUGUUUCUAUCUUGGAGCGGUUUCUUCAGGCAGUGGAUCCAUUGUAUGUAAUCCAAAACUUCAGAGAAGAACUUCAAAAAGGACUCUUUCAUCCUGAUGAUUCAGUUAAACUUCUUACUGUAGCUCAGGUUGGAAGAAUAGUUGAAAAUUCAGAUGCUGUUAGAGAAAUUCUCAAUAACCCUGAAUUACUAAGGCAAAUCAUUUAUUGCAUUGGUGGAGAGAAAAUAGCUGUAGCUAAAGAGGCUAUCAAAUCACUGUCGAGAAUAGCACAGACUCAAGAUGGGCUGGAGGCUUUAUUUGCAAGCAAUUUUUUAGUUGACUUGAAAAAUGUCAUGGCAACAAGUGAUGUUGUACGAUACAGAGUAUAUGAGUUAGUUGUUGAGAUUUCUUCAGUGUCUGCGGUUUCUUUGAAUUACUGUGCAAACAGUGGAUUAAUAUCUGAGCUAAUUGAAGAACUGACUGGAGAUGAUGUGCUGGUCAGAGCUACCAGUAUAGAGAUGGUGACCUCAUUGGCAUACACUAAGCAUGGACGUCAAUAUCUUGCCCAGCAAGGAAUCAUUGAUAAAAUUUCCAAUAUAAUCAUUGGGGCAGAUUCUGAUCCUUUCUCAGGCUUCUAUUUGCCAGGAUUUGUGAAAUUUUUUGGAAAUCUGGCUAUUGUAGACAGCCCACAGCAGAUCUGUGAACGAUAUCCCAUCUUUAUGGAAAAAGUAUUUGGAAUGGCUGAAGGCCAUGACCCAACCAUGAUUGGAGUGGCUGUGGACACGCUUGCAAUCCUGGGAUCAAAUGUGGAAGGAAAACAGGUUUUACAGAAAUCUGGGAGUAGAUUUCAACAUCUGUUAAACAGACUCGGGCACCAGGCAAAGAAUCCCCCAGCAGAGCUAAGACUUCGAUGUUUGGAUGCCAUAUCAUCGCUUCUUUACUUGCCACCAGACCAGCAAACAGAAGACCUGCUAGGAAUGACUGAAUCCUGGUUUGCUGCCUUGUCUAGCCAGCCAUUGGAACUCUUCAGGAGUAUUAGUACUCAGCCAUUCCCUGAUCUCCACUGUGGGGCUUUAAGAGUGUUUACCGCUAUUGCAAACCAACCAUGGGCACAAAAACUGAUGCUUGACAGUCCAGGAUUUGUGGAAUAUAUUGUAGACAGAUCUGUGGAACCUGACAAAGCUUCAAAGGAUGCCAAAUAUGAACUGGUUAAGGCCCUUGUAAAUUCCAAAACAAUAGCUGAAAUAUUUGGAAACCAAUACUACUUAAGGCUGAGGGCUUAUCUGCAUGAAGGUCCUUAUUAUGUUAAGGCUGUUUCUACUACUGCUGUGGAGGGGGCAGAAUAAUAUCAGCGUCAUCACAUUUUUUCCUUUUUAGCAAUCCAGUGUUACUGGAGCAGUGGUUGGUCCAAAAUGGCUCCAGUUUAGAGGCUCUAACCUCAUGAAAGAAACUUUAGAAAGCAUUUGACUCAGUUGUUUUAAUCUGAAAAUAACUAAGAGUCAGGAGAGUAAUUCUCAAAUAGCCGUAGGGCACUUUAAAGCAUCAUGAUAUACAUAAAUCUGCUUCCUGUACAUUUAUAAUCUUGUUUUGAUAUAACCUUGUCUAAUUGACUGACCUAAGCAGUUUAGUUUAUUACAAUUACACUAGCUACUUUCGGGGGCAUUCAUGCCUACAGGAGAUGGUGAAAAAAAAAUUUUUUUUUUUUUUUUUUUUUUUUUUUUUUCUCCCCCCCCCCCCCCCCCAGUUUGGUUUGCUGGAUGUAAGUCUUGUAUAAACAAACAGUUCUGAAUGUUCUUUACAUCUUAUGGGGAAAGUGAACAUGAAAAAUCUUACAUUUUUAAAGAUACUGUCUGAUAAAGUGAGUGUUAAAUCAAA